CGAGACCUGGCUGCGAUGGAGGAGCGCGGACAGCUCCUGCCAGCGCACCGACCGACGUCAGCCAUGUGGAGCGUCGGCGCCUAUGUGCUCCUGCUCGAGCUCGUCGACGCGCUCACAUACUAUGGCAUUAGCCAAGGCUUUAAAAACUUUAUGCAGGCCAAGCUCGGUUAUUCGCAGGUCGGUGCGAGCUCGCUUCGUAGCACAUGGACGAGCUUUUGCGACAUUGUGCCGCUCGCGUCAGCGUACGUUGCCGACGAGCAUCUUGGGCGCUUCCGCGCCAUCCUCUUGGCCGGCGCCUGGUACGUCGGCGGCGUCUGCCUCUUGGUCAUCGCGUCACACCCCGUGAUGCUCGCCGAGUACAAUGGCGUGGCCAACGUGUGUUUUCUGAUGGCGAUCUUUCUUGGCAUCGGUCUUGGCAACGGCGGCUUUGACUCGAACGUGGUCGCUCUGGGUGCCGACCAAUUCACUGGCGACGAGGACGCGCAGCAGCGCUUCUUCAGCUACUUUUACCUGAGCAUGAACAUCGGGUCAACCGUCUCGUACGGGUACCUCGCCUACCUCUGCGUGCACGGCCUGGCUCCGAUCGUACCGCCCGAGGCUGGGUAUUUUGCCACCUUUGCCUUCUGCGGCGUUGCGCUUGUCCUCGCGCUCGGCGCGUUUCUGAAACAGUCGCACCGGUUGAUCCACACGCCGCCGACGCCCGGAGCAUUGACGCGCACCGCCGCGCUCUUUGCAGCGCCGGCGCUUGCACCCAUUGUGUGGGGACUGGGCUGCUUUUGGCUUUCAUUUGUGCUCAACUUUGCAGCCGUCUUUGUCGACAACGCGGCGAUGGCGUCGACGCUCACGUGCGCGGCCGCGGGAUGCAUUGUCAUGGGCAUGAGUCUCUGGCUCAGAAACGCCACCGACAAGAAGGUCCUUGCGUCGGCGUGUCUCCAACUGGACCCAGCAUUGGCCAUGGACCUCAACCAAGUGCUAACGAUCUUGCCCUUUGGCGUCUUUCAGAUCGUCUGGAAUGCAGUCUAUGACCAGCUCGAUGCGAAUUUCCAGUCGGUCACGCAACAGUGCGACUUGCGCUGGGACCCGAACUCCGGUCGGCACGGCGCCCAAGUCCCCGGUGCCAUGCUCGGAGUCUUUGACACGCUCGGCGUCGCACUCUGGAUCCCGCUUCUCGACCACAUUGUACACAUGACUCCAUACCAAAAUGGACUAGGACACCCUUGA